AUUCUUACCUUUGAAUUUGAUGACCAUUGAAGAGGAAUUUGAAAAGAAUCCAGAAUUAAAAAAUGAAGACUUGAAAGAACUACGAGAAUGGCUAAGUAAACAGAGAUAUUUGCCCAACGUUACAGACUUAGAACUGAUAUUAUUUCUCCAUGCAAAACAAUUCGACGUUCAAGCUGCCAAAGUGAUGCUCAAUGAGCACUACACUGUCCGAACGCAUUUACCAAAUAUUUUUGGCAACAGGGAUUUGACUGAUAAACAACUGGCUAGGGCACUGGAAGUAGUUUCUUUUGCAUCAAUACCAAGUGCAAACGGAGAACGCGUUAUAAUAUCAAGACUCAGGGAUGUAGAACCUGCACGAUACAGUUUAGUAAAUGCGAUUCGUGCCUUUUUCCUAGUGCAGGAUUUAGAUCAUCUUCGAAAUGGAACUGCAAAAGGGCACAGAAUCGUAUUUGAUAUGACUGGCAUGGUUAUGGGUCACCUGACAAGAAUGUCACCUGUCGUCUUACACAAAUUUAUUUAUUAUUUACAGGAAGUCUUCCCAGGCCGAUUACGUGGAAUUCAUUAUAUCAACAUUGUGCCAUACGUAGAUGUUCUAAUGUCAUUGAUGCGUCCGUUCAUUAAAAAACAAUUAUUAGAAAUCUUGCAUUUUCACAAGGAAUUGGAUCUCCUGUACAAAUACAUUCCGCGAAAAUAUUUGCCGAGGAAUUAUGGUGGUGAAGGACCGUCGAUGAACGAGUUCCAUGAAAUAACCUUAACAGAUUUAUAUAAGCACAAAUCAGUUUUUGCUGAAGAAGAACAAACUAGAAGAGUCAACGAACGCAUCAGACCAGGUGGACCAAAAGACGCAACAGAUUUAUUCGGAAUAGAAUCAUCAUUCAAACAAUUGGAAAUAGAUUAACGAAGUGAAAAUUAUGUUAUUUAUUCUAGUAUA